AAGGAAAUAGGAAAAGAGUUUUUGGUUCUUUCCGUACUGAUCGAGUUCUCGUUCUUCUCUUCUCCGACUCUAUGUUCCAUACAAAUCGUACUCUCCACCCAGUUACAGUUCCCGCCAUGGCCUCUACUACUACUACUAGUCUCCAAAUCCCCACUUUCCUCUCCCUCAAACCACUCCCUCAGCGCCCUACCUUCGCCUUCUCCUCCCGCCCUCCACGCCGUCGUCUCACUCUCUCUCCCGCCGCCUCUCUCAAGGAGAAUCUGGGCCGGAUUGGAAAGACUUGGAACGACGUGACUAGCUUGAACAGCUGGGUUGUUCGAGACUACUACCGCCUUGUCAAUUCUGUCAACUCUUUUGAGCCACAGCUACAGAGGCUCACUCAUGACCAGCUUACUGCUAAAACUGCCGAGUUUCGGCGAAGAUUGGGACAAGGAGAGACACUUGCGGAUAUUCAAGCUGAGGCUUUUGCUGUUGUUCGUGAAGCUGCGAAACGGAAGCUUGGUAUGCGUCAUUUCGAUGUUCAGAUUAUUGGUGGGGCGGUGCUUCAUGAUGGGUCCAUUGCAGAAAUGAAGACCGGAGAGGGAAAAACGUUGGUUUCCACAUUAGCAGCAUAUCUUAAUGCCCUGACUGGCGAAGGUGUUCAUGUGGUAACCGUAAAUGAUUACCUUGCUCAAAGGGAUGCUGAGUGGAUGGGUCGUGUUCAUCGCUUCCUAGGUCUUUCAGUGGGUCUUAUUCAGAGAGGGAUGACAGCUGACAAGAGGAGGUCGAACUAUAGAUGUGACAUAACAUACACCAAUAAUUCAGAACUUGGGUUUGACUAUCUACGAGACAAUCUUGCCGGAAACAGUGGAGAACUUGUUAUGAGAUCGCCAAAGCCAUUUCAUUUUGCAAUAGUUGAUGAAGUUGACUCAGUUCUUAUUGAUGAAGGAAGAAAUCCAUUGCUAAUUAGUGGCGAGGCUAGUAAAGAUGCUGCUCGCUAUCCUGUUGCUGCUAAAGUGGCUGAGUUGCUUGUGCGAGGAAUUCAUUACAAUGUAGAACUUAAAGAUUACUCAGUUGAGUUGACUGAAGAAGGAAUAGCUCUUGCUGAGAUGGCUCUUGAAACAAAUGACUUAUGGGAUGAAAAUGAUCCCUGGGCCAGAUUUGUGAUGAAUGCGUUGAAAGCUAAAGAGUUCUAUCGGAAGGAUGUGCAAUAUAUUGUCAGAAAUGGGAAGGCUCUCAUAAUCAAUGAGCUCACUGGCAGAGUCGAAGAUAAGAGAAGGUGGUCUGAGGGUAUUCAUCAAGCUGUGGAGGGAAAAGAAGGUUUGAAGAUUCAGGCUGAUUCGGUUGUUAUCGCACAAAUCACAUAUCAAUCUCUGUUCAAGCUCUACCCAAAGCUAUCAGGGAUGACUGGCACUGCAAAAACUGAAGAGAAAGAGUUCUUGAAAAUGUUCCAAACACCAGUUAUUGAAGUACCAACAAAUUUGCCAAACAUUCGUAAUGAUUUACCUAUUCAAGCUUUUGCGACUGCUCAGGGGAAAUGGGAAUAUGUUCGUCAAGAAGUGGAAUACAUGUUCAGGCAGGGGCGUCCUGUUUUGGUUGGCACCACCAGUGUUGAGUAUUCUGAACACCUGUCUGAUCUGUUGAGGGAACAUAACAUCCCACACAAUGUUCUAAAUGCACGGCCCAAGUAUGCUGCAAGGGAGGCUGAAAUUGUUGCCCAAGCUGGACGAAAACAUGCCAUUACUCUUUCUACUAAUAUGGCUGGCAGAGGCACUGACAUAAUCCUAGGGGGGAAUCCUAAAAUGCUUGCAAAAGAAAUCAUAGAAGACAGUUUGAUUUCAUUCCUGACACGAGAAGCUCCUAACAUUGACAUAGAUGGAGAGGCAAUUUCACAAAAGGUAUUGUCAAAGAUUAAGGUCGGUCCAUCAUCAUUAGCUUUGCUGGCUAAGACAGCGUUAAUGGCUAAAUAUGUUGGCAAAAAUGAAGGGAAGAGUUGGACAUAUAAGGAGGCAAAAUCCAUGAUAUCAGAGUCUGUGGAAAUGAGUCAAUCAAGAAAUUUGAAAGAGCUAGAGAGGCUUGUUGAUGAACAGUCUGAGAUAUACCCUCUUGGCCCUACAAUAGCACUUGCUUAUCUGUCAGUUUUGAAGGAUUGCGAGGUACACUGUUUCAAAGAAGGGUCUGAAGUGAAAAGACUUGGGGGACUUCAUGUGAUUGGAACAUCUUUGCACGAGUCUCGUAGAAUAGAUAACCAGCUUCGUGGCAGAGCAGGAAGGCAAGGUGAUCCAGGAUCAACUCGAUUUAUGGUGAGCUUGCAGGAUGAGAUGUUUCAAAAGUUUAAUUUUGAUACUGAGUGGGCUGUGAGACUUAUUUCAAAAAUUACUGAUGAUGAGGAUGUACCAAUUGAAGGUGAUGCCAUUGUGAGACAGCUCCUGUCCCUGCAAAUUAAUGCUGAAAAGUACUUUUUUGGCAUAAGAAAGAGCCUGGUUGAGUUUGAUGAAGUAUUAGAGGUGCAGAGAAAGCAUGUUUAUGAACUUCGGCAGUCAAUUUUAACUGGUGAUAAUGAAAGUUGUUCCCAGCAUGUAUUCCAGUACAUGCAAGCAGUGGUAGAUGAAAUCGUAUUUAAAAAUGUUGACGCCUUCAAGCAUCCAAGAAAAUGGAGUUUAAAUAAGCUUUUGAAGGAGUUUAUGGCAAUUGCUGGGAAACUAUUGGAUGAUUCAUUUGCAGGAAUUACUGAGGAAGCUUUGUUAGAAUCUCUUGCGCAGUCACUUGAACUGAACUUUAAAGAUAUUGAUGACAUUCACCUUCCAAACUUGCCAAAACCUCCAAAUGCCUUCAGAGGUAUCCGCAAGAAGAACUCUUCAUUGAAACGUUGGCUUGCUAUAUGCUCGGAUGAUUUGACCAAGAAUGGAAGGUACCAUGCUACUACUAACCUCCUCCGCAAGUACCUUGGAGACUAUUUGAUUGCUUCAUAUUUGGAUGUUGUUCAAGACUCUGGUUAUGAUGAUACAUAUGUGAAGGAAGUUGAAAGAGCAGUUAUUGUGAAAACCCUUGAUUGUUUCUGGAGGGAUCACCUUGUAAACAUGAACAGGCUAAGUUCAGCGGUGAAUGUAAGGAGUUUUGGGCACAGGAAUCCUCUUGAAGAAUACAAGAUUGAUGGUUGUCGAUUUUUCAUAUCUAUGCUUAGUGCAACACGAAGGUUGACUGUAGAGUCACUUUUGCAAUAUUGGUCCUCCCCAAUGGAGUCUCAAGAAAUUUUUGUAUCAUGAAGUAUUAGUUAAUCACACAUUUAAAUCUAUGGCUAUAAAGAAUUCAUACUGUGGUUGUAUAGUCAUGGUGAUUGUUUGGAUGGUUGCUUGAAGGAACCAUGGUUUGUAUCUUGGUGGGCUAGUAUGUCAACCAAACUGAUCUUGCCUGGUAUGAAGUGUGUUGCUCUUAUCCCUCAGCUUCAUUAUAUGAAGAGUAUUGAACUUGUAACCUUUUCCAUAGGAUUGGACCGACAAGUGCACUGUUUCAUUGAAGAAGGCAGCAGGUUUUUGCUGAGGAACAGAGGAAUUGGAACUGCAAUGAACACCUUGAUUGGAGUGGAGCAAACUAAUUGACUUUGCAUUUUAUGGAAUACACUUCAACUCUUUUUGCAAUUGGGUGUCAUCUGUAGCCAUCCAUUCCCAACCUUCUCAUGCCUUUUCCCUUGCUGUACAUAUAUUAUUGACAGACCAUGUUUCCUCUGUAGAGCACUCGAUUGUGUGCCAGAUUGUUAAUCUUUCCCCGCCUCUAUGCAAUUGUGUAUUCAAUUAUUUUUGGAAGUGAAAAGAGCAUUACUAUGAAGUAUGAACAGGCAUUAAAGCCAUUUUGAAAUAGCAAUCAUCUUCAGACUUUUGGUAUAAACUAUCUCAUGUACUAAGCUUAACCUGAUGUCAAACGAAAAGAGAUCAUGUAUUCUUUUGGAUUUGAUCAGUGUCAUAAUAAAUUUGGAAUUUGGAACAUGAUAGAGUA